AUUUUACAGGAAAAAAACAAAAGAUCAAAAUUAGCUUAGCAUUACAGCUAGUGGCACUGCUGUCUCUCCGCCCCAUCGUCAUUUAUUUUUAUGUUUUUAGCGUCACAUCCCCCUGGCUGGAGGAAUGUAGAGAGACCAAGUGCUUUAAAAAUAGCAUCCUCUCCUCUGUCAGCGCUGCUCCGGUGGCUGGCUGCACUGUGGUGGGAGAAGCAGGAAUGCGAACAUGGCUACAGAUCUAGGAGAGCUUCUUGUCCCGUACAUGCCCACUAUCAGGGUCCCCAAAACUGGAGACAGGGUUUUCAAGAGCGAGUGUGCCUUUUCCUUCGACUCUCCCGAGUCUGAGGGCGGUCUCUAUGUGUGCAUGAACACAUUCCUGGGCUUCGGACGAGAACAUGUGGAGAGGCAUUAUCGCAAAACAGGACAGAGUGUGUACAUGCACCUCAAGAGACACGUCAAAGAAAAAGCCACAGGAGCUGCUGGAGGGGCCAUUCCUAGAAGAAGAAAUGGAAAAGUCUUCCUAGAUUUAGAACUAAACCGUGAUUUUAACGGGGAGGACUAUGAAUAUGAAGACGAGGCCAAACUUGUCAUUUUCCCAGACCACUUCGAAAUCCCUUUACCAAAUAUUGAGGAGUUGCCCGCUCUGGUAACAAUUGCAUGUGAUGCAGUGCUCAAUGCACCAUCACCUUACAAGAAACAGGAGCCUGAGUCCUGGGAGGAGGAUAUCCAAGUGUCUAGACAUGCCAGAAGCCUCAGACAGCUGGACAAUGGGGUCAAAAUCCCACCAAGUGGGUGGAAAUGUCAGAGGUGUGAGAUGAGAGAAAACCUUUGGCUGAACCUCACAGAUGGCGCUAUUUUUUGUGGAAAAUGGUUCUUUGACGGCAGCGGAGGGAACGGACAUGCUCUGGACCACUACAAACAGACUAAUCACCCACUGGCAGUCAAACUUGAUACUAUUACCCCCGAUGGAGCUGAUGUCUAUUCGUUUGAAGAGGAGGAAGCUGUGCUGGAUCCACACAUAUCAGAACAUUUAUCACAUUUUGGGAUAGAUAUGCUCCAAAUGCAACAAAGGACAGAAAAUGGUCACCACACAGAUAACAAUGCCAGACCACGGGUGAGUGAGUGGGAGGUGAUCCAGGAGUCGGGCAUGAAGUUAAAGGCAGUUUAUGGUCCAGGCUACACAGGCAUCAAAAACCUGGGCAAUAGCUGCUAUAUGGGUACAGUGCUACAGGUCCUCUUCAGCAUCCCAGACUUUCAGAGAAUGUAUGUGGGAAAUCUUCAGAGAAUAUUUGACUAUUCACCUCUUGACCCCACACAGGACUUUGCCACACAAAUGGCUAAAUUGGGACAUGGGCUUCUCUCAGGCCAGUACUCCAAACCACCAAUGAAAUCUGAACUCAUUGAACAGGUGAUGAAAGAAGAAUACAAGGUAUUAAACUGGUUACAACAGAAAGGCGUCUCACCUCGGAUGCUCAAAUCCUUGGUCAGUAGAGGUCAUCCAGAGUUCUCAUCCAACAGACAACAAGAUGCACACGAGUUGUUUUUGCACCUCAUCAAUUUUGUGGAGAGAAAUAGUGGUGGCUCAGAAAAUCCCAGUGACGUCUUCCGGUUCCUGGUUGAAGAUCGUGUUCAGUGUUGCCAAACACGGCGCGUUCGUUACACUCAGAGAGUCGACUACUGCAUCCAGCUGCCUGCUCCAAUCGAAGCUGCCACAAACCGAGAGGAACUGCUAGCGUAUGAAGCCAAGCGAAAAGAGGCAGAGGAAAAUAUGCGCCCUCCUCCUGAACCAGUGCGAGCGCGGAUCCCCUUCACAGCCUGUUUGCAGGCCUUCACAGAACCAGAGAAUGUCCCAGACUUCUGGAGCUCAGCGUUACAGGCCAAGUCAGCUGGUGUCAAGACAUCUCGGUUUGCUUCGUUUCCAGAGUAUUUGGUUUUACAAAUUAAGAAAUUCACAUUUGGUGUUGACUGGGUACCAAAAAAACUAGAUUUGGCCAUAGAUGUUCCUGAUUUCCUUGACUUGAGUCGAUUGCGGGCCACAGGACUCCAGGCCGGAGAGGAGGAGCUUCCUGAUCUCAUGCCUCCUAUUGUUCUACCUGAAGAUACUAGAGAUAACUCCAUGGGCUCCAUAGACUCUCCUGAAAUAGAUGAAGCUGCAGCAAUGCAGCUGGCAGAAAUGGGGUUUCCUCUGGAGGCCUGCAGAAAGGCUGUCUACUAUACCGGCAACAUGGGCCCAGAGAUGGCGUUUAACUGGAUCAUAGCCCACAUGGAAGAGCCCGACUUUGCUGAGCCACUGACAUUGCCCUCCAUGAUGGAACCCGGCCCCUCCACCAGUGACAGUCCCAUGGGGGCUAUGCCACUGGCCAACUCUCCUCCAGAAGAGAGCAUCUCCAUUCUCACAUCUAUGGGAUUCCCUCGCGCACACAGCAUCCGAGCACUCAAAAACACGAACAAUAACCUUGAGCGAGCACUCGACUGGAUAUUCACCCACCCAGAGGAGGAGGAGAGUGACGCCCUCUCAGACAUGGCUGACACUGAGCCCAAUGACAACGCCUUCUCCAACGCCAACUCACACAGUGACUCCACACUGUCCCCAGACAGAGACACAGCAGGCCCUCGGGUCAAAGAUGGACCAGGACGUUAUGAGCUCUUUGCCUUUAUCAGCCACAUGGGAGCAUCAACAAUGUCAGGACAUUAUAUUUGUCACAUCAAAAAAGAAGGACGGUGGGUUAUUUACAAUGACCACAAAGUGUGUUUGUCAGAAAGGCCUCCAAAAGACUUGGGUUACAUCUACUUUUACCGUCGACUGUCGAGCAGUUAAAGAACCUCAGUCUUCACUGGUAGACGACUGUAGCAGUGGAAGCAAUGUACAAAAGAAAUUUCAGACAACCAGCUCCUCUUGAUGUCAUUCAGGAAAACAACACCACUGGUCAGAAAGGGAAAGCUUAUCGUGCAUUUGUGUUGGCUUUAAAUGUAAAUUUCAGUUUUUAUGUGUAAAUGUGAAGGUACAGAGGGAUUUGUGCAAUUAAUGCUGCUGGAAACACAAAUGCAUAUCAAAACCCAUGCCUUGAGCUACUCUGCCCAGAUUUUUAUGGUACUUUUUGUAAAUUAAAACUAAAACACUUACUACCAGCCCUCAUUGUUAAACAGAAUGCUGCUUGUGGCUAAUAUUUGAAGCUACAGUGUGAGGAAUGUCCUGUACAGACACAAUGGUGUGGUUAGAUACCAGAGAACAGAUGUAUGAAAGUUUUGUCUGGAUGAGAGCAUCAGAUAUCCAUAAAUAGUUGUAAAAUAUACCGCUGUAGAAUAUACAGUAUAACUGCCUGACUAAUGGCUCUGACCUGCCCCACUUUCAGCUAGUUAUGACGCAGGCAAGUUAAGAUUUAUUGAGAAAUCUUUUCAGUGUCAUAUUUUAAUGCAAACCGUUGUCAGCCAUAGCCGCUGACAACAAGCAGAUCCCUCACACAAAGGCAAAGCUCUUCUUCUGAAACUCAUACCACACUUUGUACUGACGUAAUAGACUGGAGACUGGAGUCACUGGCUGUAAACAAGUGAAUGAAUGUGGUUCUGAAACCUCAUUACUCCUUAAACUGGACACAUGCGACAUUUAAAGUGAAAAACCUGCUUACCUUGUACAGCCCAGCUGCAGCUUAAUAUAUAAAAGUUUGCAGCCUUUCUAUGGUUGCCUUCUUUUAUGCAUCUCAAGACAAUAUGCACAAUAGGCAGGUUGACACAGUAUUAUAGUGCACUUUUAAACGUUUCAGUUACGUUAAACUGCACAAUAGUUAUUUAUACCAGAUAAAUACAAUGAUGUGCCGAAUGUAUUCAGAAUAAGGUGCUCCCUGCAACUAAAACCUCCCUCUUAUCUUAUUGUCAUGUUAUUACAAUGUAACCUCUUCACGAACUCUAUAUAUUGUUUUACCAUACGCUCUACAUUACCAAUCAUUAUAGUCAAUAACAAGUCCACAUUUUGCAGGUUUAGAUUUGAGUUCUUCUAAUACAAAAACACUGUGCUUCAUCUGUCAUAGUUACUACAGGUUUCAGUUCAGAGCCUAUGCAGUGUGAAUGUGUAACAUAUCUCUAUGCAAGUUUUGUGUUUCAGCUGUUCUUCCAAUUCAGUCAUUUUAACUCAGAAACCAAAUGUCUACUGUUUGUCACCUCAAAAACAAAAGGAAAUCCUUUUGUUACAACUGGAUAUUUGUAUAAGCUGUUGUCUUGUUUAUCAGUGUAUUGUCAUGUUCAGUAACUGUGCAAUUGUUCUUGCUUCUCAGCACCUUUUAUUUCUCUAUUCUGAGUUUUUCUCCUUCCUGCUUUCCCACCGGCUACACUCACUUUCUUCAGCAGUUGUUAAGUUUGUCAGGCAGUUCACUGUUGGCAUGUACACUAAUCCUGCAUUUAGACAUUUCGAUUGUACAAUUGUACCAUUUAAGUUUUUCUCCUUUUCAAUUGACUAAAUGUCAGGAAGGUUCUUUAUCAGUUUUUACUCUGUUGCCUUUUUGAAAACAAGUUUGUGCCAUUUUAGUUUUUAAGACCUACAAGGGAUUAUUUAAGUUGACUUUUGUAAUGUACAUGUUUAUCCAGGUGUGUCAGUGUUUGUGAGUAGGGUCAUAAUAUGUAAUCUAUGGCGCUGUUUACUUACUCUGUUUGGAUAAAUAAAAACACUUUUGUUGGGAUUUCA